CCCCCCCCAAAGUUCUGGACCACUACCCUAAAACUGAAGGGAUUUCAGUUUAAUUGUCUUGUAAGAAAGUAUAGUUGGCUACUGUAUUGGGUUUAAAGGCAUAACCUGCAAAUGAUUAAAAUAAUAGCGCACUGGUAUUUUUUGUCAAAGUAGCAUCCAACAAUAUUUACUUGUCCCUAUUUGUCUGUAAGAAAAUGUGCUGGAGAAUUUGUGUAGAGUUGUAAACAAUUCAUUUGAUAUGUUAACUUCAGUAUUUACAGGAACUGUUCCUAGGAGAAUCAAAGCCUGAUGUUUCACUCAUUCUGUGGUGACAGAAUUAUUUUCUGUGAACAUGUUUACCCACAUAAACUCAUCUGAUUUUGAGCUGGAAACAAAACUUGUAUUUUCAUUUCAUUUAUUCAUUCAUUGUGUACUGAGACGACAUAUCCAGGUGACACGUAGUACCUGUUGGUCACAAGUAGCAGGUCCAUACGCGUUUGACCAGGUUCUCUCCCCAGUUUCCAGUUACCGCCAUUAUCCCCGUCAGGAGCGUGUGAUGUGGUAAAAUACACAAGAUGCCUCGUGUAACUGUAAUCCCAUGAGGAAAUGGAAGUGAAAGCCCUGAUGUGUAUUUUCUUCUUGUAACGUGCUAAGAUAAAUGUCGAGGGAUUUCUGAGGAAAUCACUUGUCACGCGUCUGAUGCUGGAUCUACCGCUGAAUAAUUCAUAAAUUAAUGUUUUAUUAACUGUUAGUUAUAAAUUAACUUAAAGCUUAUUUCGACGAAUUUUGAAGUAUAACACAGCACAGCCACAGGUCAAUGUAUGAGAUACGCCAGGAACUGUAAAAGAAAAAAAAAAGUAAAAAGGUACUUCCCGGCGUAGAAAAAGCCUGCGUGAAAGGAAAUGGUUUGAACCGCUCCAGACUCGGUAGAGUCUCGCGCCUCAACGGCACGGUUGACGUCUUUUAUGGUGCCAAAGUCUGGACGAGGUGUGGCAAAGCGCCCAACCACACGAACGCUGCUCAAUUCCUACGCUUUAAAGGAGUCCUGCUAAUAUUUUCCUUUACCUCCGGCAGUGGUUUAAACGUUACUUUGUUGAAAAUGAAACUGAUUAUUCUUGACGAUUAUGACAAAGCGAGCGAAUGGGCUGCCAAGUAUAUCAGGAACCGAAUCCUGCACUUUAAUCCGGGCCCGGGCAGGUUCUUCACCCUGGGACUGCCCACAGGAGGAACCCCCCUUGGAUGUUACAAAAAAUUAAUAGAAUACUUCAAGAAAGGAGAGCUCUCCUUUAAAUAUGUUAAAACUUUCAACAUGGAUGAGUAUGUGGGAAUUCCAAGAGAUCAUCCUGAAAGUUACCAUUCCUUCAUGUGGAAUAACUUCUUCAAACACAUUGACAUCCGGGCUGAGAAUGCCCACAUUCUGGACGGCAAUGCUGUCGAUCUGCAAGCUGAGUGUGAUGCCUUCGAGGAGAAAAUCAAAGCUGUGGGAGGAAUCGAGCUCUUUGUUGGAGGAAUUGGACCUGAUGGACACAUAGCCUUCAAUGAGCCAGGCUCAAGUCUUGCUUCUCGGACCCGAGUGAAGACUUUAGCUCUUGAUACCAUACUGGCCAAUGCUCGUUUCUUUGAUGGUGACCUGUCCAAGGUGCCAACGAUGGCCCUCACAGUGGGGGUGGCCACUGUCAUGGAUGCCAAAGAGGUAAUGAUCCUGAUCACAGGAGCCCACAAAGCAUUUGCCCUUUACAAGGCCAUUGAGGAGGGUGUGAAUCACAUGUGGACUGUGUCAGCCUUCCAGCAGCACCCCCAGACACUCUUUGUGUGUGAUGAGGAUGCCACCCUGGAGCUGCGUGUCAAAACAGUGAAGUAUUUUAAAGGCAUGAUGCAGGUGCACAACAAGUUGGUGGAGCCAUUGUCUCCAAUGCAAGAGAAGCAACGCAUUACAGUGGAGAUGUCUGAGAAGCCAUACAGUGAUUGAGAAAUACAUCAGUCAGCCCCUAAUCUUCACAAAAAAAUCAAUCUAAGGUCUCUUUUCAAUUGACAUCACUUCAAAAUUUAAUGCCAUUUGGUAUAAAGUCUCAUUUCAGAUUCAUAAUUUGUUGUCUGCCAUGUAUUGUUAUUCUUACGGAUAUUAUCCUUCAAAUGUUAAUGUAAACUUCGGUAAAGCUUCAAAGAAUAAGAUUAAGAAAUGACAUGGCAUUCCAGACAUCCUGUUAUACUGACCAAAACCCUUAUUCUAAAGCUUUGUGCUUCUUUCUGGUUUUUGAUAAUCUUGAAUUCGUUACAAUUCACUUUGAAGCCAUUUGUGUCUGUGAAGAGAGUAAUAAUAUUUCUCACUAGUAAAAUUAGCAUUUCUGUUAAUCAAUUUGCAGUU